AUGGAUACGACACCGGUCUUCCAGUCCAGCUUCUCCAUCCGAUCGCUGCUCUCAGUGGAUGAGAAAGUGGAUGCCCCGACGCCGAACCUCACCGGCAACAGUUCUGCAGAUGAGGCCAAGACGAUGGCUUCCGAUUCCAGUUCGAAGAGCCACGCCAAGCCGGCCUUCACCUACAGCGCCCUCAUAGUGAUGGCCAUCUGGAGCAGCUCCGAAAAGCGCCUGACCCUGAGCGGCAUUUGCAAGUGGAUUGCGGACAAUUUUCCCUACUAUCGCAGCAGGAAGAGCGUCUGGCAGAACUCCAUACGGCACAACCUAAGCCUCAAUCCCUUCUUUGUGCGGGUGCCGCGGGCCCUGGACGAUCCCGGACGUGGUCACUACUGGGCACUCGAUCCCUAUGCCGAGGACCUGUCCAUUGGCGAGACCACGGGCAGGCUGCGCCGCAGCAACUGGCCGCAGAACGCCCAGAUGGGCAGGGCCAAGGUCACGGGUCAUCCCUACCAGCGGAUGCCGCAGUAUGCCCACCUCCACGCCCACGCCCACGCCCAGCAUAUCAAGUCCCAGGGCGCCUACUUCCCCGUACUGGACCACCACCAAGCCGCCAUGCUGCAGCACUACCACGCCAUGAUGCACAGACACCAGAUGAUGCCACAUCCCCACCUGCAGCCCCCUCAAGUGCAUCCCCAGCAGCCCAAGCUUCUCUAUCCACAUCUCCACGAGCAACAUCUGCAGCUGCGGCACCACCACCUUCACUUCCACCAGGAGUAG